CUUUGGAUAUAUGAAGUAGAAAAAAAAAUAAUUUCUUUAAUCAAUCAAUAAUAAUUACCAAAAAGAUUUAGAAUUGCUCAAUCCCCACUUUAUAUAUAUGGUUUCUAGAAUCAUAUAUAUUAUUAUUACAUAGAUAUAGAAUAAUAAAAUGGCAUCAGCCUUUAUAUCAAGAACAAUUUUUUCACAUCGUUUCAUUUCAUCUUUUACUGUUAUUCCUACCCCACUCAAAUUUACCUCUCUCUUAUCUAAGAAACCCUUUCAAUCGUGGGCUUUAGCGACCCCUGCAGCAUAUAGAAGGUCUACCUUAGUUCGUAGUAAUAUGGCAUCAAGUGUGGUGGGAUCUACAGCUUCUUUUUCGACACAGUCUGUGUCAACUGGCGAGCCUGUUGUUUCGGUUGACUGGCUCCAUGCCAAUCUGCGUGAGCCUGAUUUGAAGGUGUUGGAUGCAUCUUGGUACAUGCCUGAUGAACAGAGAAAUCCGCUCCAAGAGUAUCAGGUUGCCCACAUUCCUGGUGCCCUUUUCUUUGACGUAGAUGGGAUAUCAGAUCGAACGACUAAUCUGCCGCACAUGUUGCCAUCUGAAGAAGCAUUUGCUGCUGCUGUUUCUGCUCUUGGUAUUGAAAACAAAGAUGGAGUCAUCGUUUAUGAUGGUAAAGGGAUCUUUAGUGCAGCUCGUGUCUGGUGGAUGUUUCGAGUUUUUGGACAUGAUAGAGUAUGGGUAUUAGAUGGAGGUCUCCCGGCAUGGCGUGCUUCUGGAUUUGAUGUUGAAUCUAGUGCUUCUAGUGAUGCAAUUUUGAAAGCCAGUGCUGCCAGUGAGGCGAUAGAAAAAGUAUACCAGGGCCAAGCUGUUGGUCCUGUUACAUUUCAAACAAAAUAUCAACCCCAUCUUGUAUGGACACUAGAACAGGUUAAAAAGAAUGUGGAGGAACAAACAUAUCAGCAUAUAGAUGCUCGGUCUAAAGCUAGGUAUGAUGGUGUUGCAGCUGAGCCUCGAAAAGGAAUUAGAAGUGGUCAUGUGCCUGGGAGUAAGUGCAUUCCUUUUAACCAGAUGUUAGAUGGCUCACAGACACUACUAUCAGCAGAACAGCUUAAGAAAAAGUUUGACCUAGAAGGAAUCUCAUUGGAGAACCCUGUUAUGACUUCUUGCGGGACUGGAGUUACUGCAUGCAUUCUUGCAUUGGGACUCCAUCGACUUGGGAAGACUGAUGUUCCAGUUUAUGAUGGAUCCUGGACAGAAUGGGGAGCACAAGAGGAUACUCCCGUCUCAACUUCAGCUUCAACGUCUUGAGGUUAACUGGUCAUAAACAUGCCGGAGCUUUCCUCUGUUGGGUGUUUUUUAUUCAACUAUAACAAAUACUCCUUGGGCUAAACAUUGCAAAAGGAAAAAAUUGUUUUUGUACGUUGUAACUAUGAAUUUGGUGUCCAUUAACUUACUGUGAUUAUCGUCGUGUUCAGUUUUUGGAUGUUAGUGGGGAUGGAUUAGGGGAAUCAUAUUAAGGUUUAAUUUACAUCAAAUUUUCAAA